CCAAUGUCUCGGCGCAGAGUUGUGACUUCAUCCACCAUCCCGGAAGAAACGCGGUCUAAACGUUUAUGCAAGAAGUCUAACUGAAGUGAGAAUGUCACUGAACAAAUCAAUGCACCCGCGGAACCGCUACAAAGACAAGCCUCCGGAUUUUGCCUACUUGGCCUCCAAAUAUCCAGACUUCGAGCAGCAUGUCCACACCAACCUGGCUGGCAGAGCUAUGCUGAACUUCAAGGAGCCAGAGGCGGUGCGAGCCCUGACCUGUACCCUGCUGAAGGAAGACUUUGGGCUGACUAUAGACAUCCCUCUGGAGCGUCUCAUCCCCACUGUGCCUCUCAGACUCAACUACAUCCACUGGGUGGAGGACCUGAUCGGAGGCCGGGGGGAACCACGCAGGGGCAUCGACAUCGGUACUGGAGCGUCCUGUAUCUACCCACUGCUGGGAGCCUCUAUGAACGGCUGGCACUACCUGGCUACUGAGGUAGAUGACAUCUGCUUUGACUAUGCCACCAGGAACGUAGAGCAGAACAACCUCUCGGACCUCAUCAAAGUGGUGAAAGUUCCCCAGAAGACCCUGUUAAUGGACGCUCUAAAGGAGGAGUCAGCCAUCGUCUAUGACUUCUGCAUGUGUAACCCUCCCUUCUUCGCCAACCAACUAGAGGCUAAGGGGGUAAAUUCCAGAAACUCUCGUCGUCCUCCCCCCAGCUCAGUGAACACAGGUGGAGUGACAGAGAUCAUGGCUGAGGGAGGAGAGCUGGAGUUUGUCAAGCGGAUCAUCCACGACAGCCUGCAGCUCAAGACACGCCUGCGGUGGUACAGUUGCAUGCUGGGAAAGAAGUGCAGCCUGGCACCUUUGAAGGAAGAGCUGAGAAAACAAGGGGUACCCAAAGUGACCCACACGGAGUUCUGCCAGGGACGGACCAUGCGCUGGGCUCUGGCCUGGAGUUUCUAUGAUGACGUUACUGUUCCGUCUCCACCCAGUAAGAAGAGGAAGCUGGAGAAGUCUCGUAAGCCACUGACCUUCAUGCUGCUUCAGCCCACAGUGAAGGAGCUGCAGUCCCAGGCCUCCUCGAUAGGCUGUCCCUCCAACCCCAGGCCUGUAGAGACCAUCACUGCCUGGCUGGAGAAGACACUCAGUGACCUGAAGGUGCUGUACAAGCGUGUCCCAUGUGGGAGGAAGGAGCAGAGUCUGUUCCUGACUGUUGUGGAGAACAACUGGAUCCAUGGGAGACAGAGACGCAGAGACCAGGGCCGACACCUCAGAGAGCUGCCCAGAGCGCCUCCCAGUGGUAUUUCCACCACCCCUUCCUCAGUCACAGCCCAGCACCACUCCUCUACACAAAUUCCGGACAGCUCACACUCAGAUUCACACACUCCCACGGCAGCACAAGGGCCAGGCAGUGUUCCACAGUUAGGGACCAACCGAGCCAACUCUCAGGGGGCCAGCGGACAGGAAGUCGAAAGCCAGGAGGAGGAAACCAGCUGUGUCCCAGUCAAGGACAGUGGGACAGAGGAGGAUGUCAUCAUGGAGUCUUCUCCUACCUCUAUAACACCUAAUACCACACUGGCACAGACAGCACUACCCACCACAACACAGAAACAGGAAGCCAUAAUCACACCAGAGGAAGUACCUACUGAAACACAGGAAGUCAAUGCCACUGGACAGGAAGUGAUGCAGCCACAGAGCCCUGGCGCUGUGCAACACUUCCUGUUUAAGUGCUUGGUGAACGUGAAGGCUGAGGAGCAGGAUGUUGCCGUGGAGAUCCACUGGGUGGAAGGCCAAAACAAGGAUCUGAUGAACCAACUGUGUACCUACCUGAAGAACACUCUGUUUAGAGUGGUGGCCAAUCCACUGGGGACAUAAUGGAACAUAGUUAACCUGUAGUACUGGGUCAUGUUCAUUAAGCAGAAAAUGGUAGACGGGAACAUAACUGAACAUAACUUACCAGUUGUCCUGUAUUGUUCUAUUUGUGACCAGUUUGUAGCGGGUAGUGUAAAAUGUACUUUGCUGGUUCAUUAGUUUCACCUAGUCUCCUUGUCAAGGUUAUAAUGAGCAGUGACUAUUUUAGUUAAUUCAAGUUUGAUAAAUUACAUUUAGAAAUGUGUUUUAGUAACAUGUAAUUUGUCUAUUUCCAUGUUCAGUUAGUGUUUUACACACAGGUGGUUUAUACCAGAGACAUUAAAUUUGUUGAGGAUGCCGUUUCCAUAAACUGCAGCUAAUCCA